GCAGAAAAGUAGCAGCAGCAGCAGCAGCAGCAGAAAGAAAGGGAAAAAAUAGUGUAGAGAGAAAAAAAAAAGAUAUUGGUUGCUACGACGUCAUCCUCCCUGUCCGAUUGUCAGUGACCCAUGCAAACACCUGGACCAUCCUCAGCCUCUGUGUACGCAGAAAGCAACCCCCGGAGAACAGCGAUACGCCUGGGUUUAUGCCAACUCAGUCAGACCCGUCCUGCUCUGUUUAUCCUCUCUCGUCUCUCUAUCUGUCCAUCUAUCCAUCCAGGUUUGGCUCCGGUGUCUUGGCCCUGCUUCUGCCUUGAGUCUUUGACGCCCUGUCCGUAUUUACCAACCACCAGGGCUCCAAAGUCCAGGGGGGGGGGUGUUUACUCCAUCGAAUCUAUUGUGACGGCCUGGCCUGGUCUGGAAUCAUUUUGUUUUGUUCCUUUUCCCAUCUUUCAGACACAAAUUGCCGAGUGGACUCGAUCAGCCGAGCUAGCUUCCAGACGCUCAUCGUCAUUAUUCGUCUUUUGGCACUUCUUUGGCUUCCCGACUCCUCUCCGCUCCGCCAACCUAUUUGCACACGUAGGGCCGAAUCCCUUUUUUCGCACCAUAGCCCCUUGGCCCGAGACGUCUACGCCUAAUUCUCUUGGAUUACGGACGGCUUUCUUGACUACGGCCGCGCCUGGACAGCUCAACAGGACGCAUCCCCCGAGUAUCCAGUUCUCUCUUUUCUCGUCACCUCUCCGGAUCAUUGGCAAACUUAGAGUAAGAGCUCCGGAUACCUGACCGCGUCAUCUUGCCCUCGCCCACGCAUCUACGUGAGAUAUCUGGGGAGAGAAGAGGCGAUUCUCCGUAUACUGUACUCCAUCAUCCCCGGGUCU